UUUGGAGAAGAUCCAGGCCACUCCUUGGAUGUGUGCAGUAAAGGGGUGAAAGGCAAUGGACACAAGUUGCAAUGAGGAAAAUUUCAGGCAGAAAUCAGUGGGGCAAAAAACCAUCGUGAGGGCAGUCAGACCCUGCAACAUAGCAUUUGUGAAACCUCGUUUGUUAGAGAUAUUCAGAGCUUGCCUGGGCAAGGUCCAGAGCAACCUCUCUGACACUGCUGUGAGAAGAGGUUGGCACAGAGAUCUCCCGAGGCUGCCUUUAAUCUGAAUUGUAGGAGGAUGUCACAGAAUCAUAAAAUGGGAGCUGCACAUGAGAUCUGUACCCUGCCAUACCACUCUGGUGCCAUGACCAAAUACCUGGAGCUGCAGAAGCAGCACGUGUAUCUCUGUGAAAGGCUGUAAGAGAGCAUUUUCUGAGUGAACAACAAAGAUAUUUGGAGAGUGAACUUAAAGUGAGAAUCACAGGGUUCAAUCCAGAUAAGAGUCUAUUUAACAAGCCCAGUCUUUCCAAGACAUUGAAUGUUUUCUAUGAUCUGGGUUAGCCUAAGCCAAUGCACACCAAAGUUUCAUGCCCCAUUGUCUGCACCCAGUUCUGCUUUCUGUACUUGAUGUCUGAUACACAUUCAAGCAAGGUUAAAUCUCACCAAAAAACUGUCCUCAAAGAUUGUAAACAUGCAACUUAAGGACUAAUCAAACCCCGCUGCUUCCCAGCAUCCCUGGAGGAUGGGACAGAGAAUCAGCCUACUUACUAGGGUAGUUUAUCUACAAAAGGGAUCCAAACAUAAACAUUUUUCUUUAGCAUAUGAUGCAAAUUUCUCCAGCCUUUAAAUAUAUGAAUCACUCAUUAAUUUUACCUGAGGAAAUAGAGUUCUUCCUAAAACUAAAGGGAAAAGGAGACUCAGUGUUUGUUUCUAGAUAAUUGCCCAAAUCAUGUGCUGUCUAAUAUGGCAAAGACUACUUUAAGAAGCCUUUUUGAUCUUGGAGGUAAUGUCAGAAAUGUUUACAAUCACCUUCUCUGUUCUACUGGAAGAAUUUUGGUAUUACUGAAAUAGGAGAUAUUUUCUUUGUCAGGUUUGAAGACACAGAAACACUGAGGCCCUUAAGGUGGUUUUCUUCAUACCAUGAUAAAAGUGUCUUACAACUCUUCUCCACUAUGAGAAGUUGUGUUUAUUCAGAGUCCAAUACAGGACAGUUGUCCACAAGUUAAUUAUUUAAAUAUUUUUCCCCUCUAAUCAAUAUAUAACUGGAAGAGAGGGAAAUGUUUCCAGGAGGGAACAGUGCCUCCCACGCUGAAGGGCAGAAGUUUUCCUUGAGUAAAUCUAGAUUUCAAAGUCCAGCCUGUCUCCCAGAGCUGCCAGCAUGCCAGCUUACAGGCAGACAGUGGUAGAGAAACACAUUAGUUUUUCAUGCAGGAGGAGAACUGAGCUCAAGAGACAGCAGAUUCACCGCCGAGGAGCAGCCCAGAGCAAUGUCCCUGGCUGGGGUGAGCUGCCUGGUGACAGGGGCAGGAGGGUUUCUUGGCCAGAGGAUUGUGUGCUUGCUGCUGGAAGAAGAGGAGGCUCUGGCUGAGGUCCGGCUGCUGGACAAAGCCUUCAGCGCUGAGGCACUCGGCAGGUUUGAAAAGUUCAAGGGGAAGACUGAGGUGAAAAUCCUGGAAGGGGACAUCCGAGAUGUGACAUUCCUGCACCGUGCCUGCCAGGGCGUCUCCCUUGUCAUCCACACGGCUUCCCUCAUUGACACCCUGGGUCUCAUCGAGAAGAAGCUGCUCUGGGAAGUCAAUGUAACAGGUACUCAGCUGCUGCUGGAGGCAUGUGUCCGCUGUAACGUCCAGCACUUCAUUUACACCAGUACCAUAGAAGUGACAGGCCCAAACUGCAGAGGGGACCCCAUUUUCAACGGGGACGAAAAUACAGCUUAUGAGAGCACAUCCAAAUUUCCUUAUGCCCAAAGCAAGAGACUGGCAGAGGAUUCUGUGCUGAAAGCAGACGGCCAGGUGCUGAAGGAUGGUGGCACUCUGAUGACCUGUGCCCUGAGGUCCAUGUACAUUUUUGGGGAAGGCUGCCCGUUUCUCCAAGGCCAUCUGGAUAAGUGCCUGUUGAACAAGAACAUCUACCUGCGCUUCUCCAGGAAGGAGGCUCUGGUGAACCCCGUGUAUGUGGGGAACAUCGCCUGGGCACACGUGCAGGCAGCCAAAGCCCUCCGAGCCCCGCAGAAAGCUAGGCACGUCAGGGGCAACUUCUACUACAUCUCAGAUGACACUCCUCACAUGAGCUACGCUGAUCUGAAUCACGAGCUGACCAAGGAGCUGGGGUUUGGAAUCGAGCCCCGGCUCCCCAUGCCCCUGACAGUGCUCUAUUACUUCUCGCUGCUGCUGGAGGUCGUCAGCUUCUUGCUGCGGCCCUUUGUCAGAUACGUGCCCUCCACCAACCGCCACCUGGUCACGCUGCUCAACACCCCCUUCACCUUCUCCUACAGAAAAGCACAGCAGGAUUUUGGCUACGUGCCCCGCUACACGUGGGAAGAGGCCAAGCGGGGCACUGGAGAGUGGAUUGCCUCUGUGAUCCCCCAGAGAAGGCUGUACUUGCAAAGCAGCACUGCCUAAGCCUGAAGAGGAGCUGAAACCCAGCUAAGCAAGUAGGGCCUUGAGCCAGAGGAGAGCUGGGAGAGGAGCAGCAGCAGCAAACUACAAAGCAUUUAAAUGAAUACUUUGUGUAAGAGCCCACUGAUACCCCUCACCCCCAACCUCAGAAUAAAUAAAUAAAAGUGAAAUGUUCA